CUCGUGUAGGUACACAACAGUUCCUGCUUUUUAAGAGUCUGCGCUUGUUUUCUGAAGUUUUUCAUGAUAUAAACAUCUCACUUUCUCACCGCCACAGCUUUCUCUUAUUCCACAUUGUGUUGAUCUGUAGAUUUGUUCGAUAAAUAACGAGUUUUGUGCAGAUUUGACACCUGAGUAACAGGAUGAAGCUGAAGAGUAAUAAGAAUCCAGCGGUCCUCUGGUUCGGCCUGGAUAUUGGCGGUUCUCUGGUGAAGCUGGUGUACUUCAGGCCAAACGACAUGACUGAGGAGGAGGAAGAGGAGCUGGGGAGCUUACGGACGAUCUGCUCGUACCUCAGAUCCAACACGCUGUACAGGAAGUUCCCCGUGCGGGACCUUCAGCUGGAGCUACGUGACCUGAGCGUGUGCGGACGAGUCGGAACGCUGCACUUCAUCCGCUUCCAGACAGCCGACGUCACGCCGUUCCUCGCCGCUGUGCAAGAGAAAACGAUCAGCAAGCUCCGCAGGACGAUCUGCGCCACAGGGGGCGGGGCAUACAAGUUUGAGAACGACUUCAGGAUGAUGGCGGGUGUGGAGUUAGCAAAGCUGGACGAGUUGGACUGCCUGAUCCGCGGGCUGCUCUAUUUGGACUCGGUCGGGUUUAACGGGAAACCCGAGUGUUAUUAUUUUGAGAACCCCACGGACACGGAGCGCUGUGUGAAGAGGCCAUGUUGUCUGGAGAACCCGUUCCCCAUGCUGCUGGUCAACAUCGGGUCAGGUGUCAGCGUCCUCGCUGUUUACUCCGAGAAGAAAUACAAACGCAUCACCGGCACCAGUCUGGGUGGGGGGACGUUCCUGGGUCUGUGCUGUCUGUUGACGGGCUGUGAGACGUUUGAGGAAGCGCUGGAGAUGGCGAGUAAAGGAGACGGCAACAGCGUGGACAAACUGGUGAAGGAUAUUUACGGCGGAGAUUAUCAGCGGUUCAGCCUCCAGGGGUCCACUGUCGCCUCCAGUUUUGGUCACAUGAUGAGUAAGGAGAAGAGGGACAGCAUCUCUAAAGAAGACCUGGCCAGAGCCACACUGGUCACCAUCACCAACAACAUCGGCUCCAUCGCACGCAUGUGUGCCGUCAACGAGAAAAUCGACAGGGUGGUGUUUGUCGGGAAUUUCUUGCGGAUCAACACGCUGUCGAUGAAGCUGCUCGCCUACGCCAUGGACUUCUGGUCCAAAGGAAAACUGAAGGCUCUUUUCCUAGAGCACGAGGGAUACUUCGGAGCAGUCGGAGCUUUCCUAGAGCUCUUAAAGUCGUCUGAGGAGCCCUGAGAAACUCCUCACGUCUCGGCCUGAUGUUAAUGUGUAAACUGUAAAUAACCUUUAAACCUUUUUGAAGAGUUUAUUAUUGUAAGAUAAAGAUGUUUUUAUCACUAAUGAGCAGAAAAUGUUUUGAACGCAGUGUUUUUGUGCAACACGUCUAAAGGGCGGGUUUAUUGUAGAGGAAGAAAAAAACCAGCAGGAUUUUCUUAAAUGUAUUUUUAAGGACACUACAGGUGAGGGUCGUUUUUAUUAAAAAGAAAAAAAGCGUAAAUAUUACGAUCAGUAUGUGCCAGUUUAUUGCUGAUAUUCUUACCAUUUACAGCAAAAAAAAUAUGCAAAUGAGGCUUUGUCUAAUUGAAUAUGCAAAGAAGUUGCAUACUUAAUGAAACCUAACCUAUCUAAACAACAACAAAAAAAUCUAGUCUUUUGAUACUAGAAUUAAUUUUUAUGUCACUUUUGAAGACUUUUAACAAUUUCUACAUGAACUUUUCUAAAAAAAAAAAAUAAUAAUAAUCUAAAAAUCUAACGUUGAAUCGGUAACUAAUCAACGUUUUUGAGAAAUUCCGUCGUGUGAAUCUAGAAGCUGAAAUUUUUUGCUUCUGAACAUAAAAAACAACAUUUUCCGCGUGGGGAAAUGUAAAGGAAAUAUUGUAAUGAUCUGAAUGUAUACGGUGUAUCAGAAAACAAGCUUUUUCUGGAUAUAGGACACGACGCGAUUGUGUGAUUGUGAAGUGGGCGGAGCUUAAAGCCUUCUA